AAUACAUUAUUUUGGUAAUUCAAUGUGUUGUCCAACAGUGGAAAGUCGUGCAACUAUGCAAUACUCCCCUGAAUAAAAAAAAAAGGUGAAGUGUGGCUGAUUUCAUCUCACCAUGCCAAGAGGAGGACGAAAGGGAGGGGGAUAUGGCCCCAAGAAAAACUACAAAGGUCAGAGACGGCAUUUCACAGACGCCGAGGAACUCAAACAACAAAUAGAACGGGACAAGAAGCAGCAAAACUGGAGGAGACAGCAGGGACUGGAGAGUGAUGAAGAGGAGGAGGAUGGUGCGACCGCCCCUAAAACUGGUGCUCCAGGGGAACUCCCUCCCUCAGGCUCCGAGUCUUCGUCAGAAGAGGACAGUGAUGAUGAGGAUAAAAAAGCAAAAGGAGUGGAACAUCUGAUUGAAAUAGAAAAUCCAAACAGAAGUGGUGGAAGGCAGCUUAAAAAAGUCACAGAGCUGGAUACCAAAGGCAAAACCCAGCUCUCUAGGCGUGAGAGAGAGGAACUUGAAAAACAACAAGCAAAAGCUCGCUAUCAACAACUUCAUAUGGAGGGCAAAACGGAAGAAGCAAGGGCAGACUUAGCUCGCCUGGCAAUCAUACGGAAACAGCGCGAGGAGGCGGCCAAGAAACGAGACGAAGAGAGGAAAGGUACAGAGUUGAAAUCGUGUGACAUAACCUGUCUAUAGUGUAGAUGUCACAUGACACUGUUUAUAGUAUAGAUGUCACAUGACACUUUCUAUAGUAUAGAGUAUACAUGACACUGUCUAUAGUAUAGAUGUCACAUGAGACUGUCUAUAGUAUAGAUGUCACGUGACACUGUCUAUAAUAUAGAUGUCACAUGACACUGUCUAUAGUAUAGGUGUCACAUGACACUGUUUAUAGUAUAGGUGUCACAUGAAACUGUCUAUAGUAUAGAUAUCACAUGACACUGUCUAUAAUGUAGAUGUCACAUGACACUGUCUAUAGUACAGGGCUUGAAGCCAACUUUUUAUGUCACCAGUCCAGUCGGACUGAUGGGGUAUAAUUUCAACCAGUCAGCAGAAAAUUUUACCAGUCUAACAGAGUUUUCCGAAAAUAAUUAAACAUAUUUCGUUAAUGUUAUUAAAAUGAAAUUAAACUCAAUAUGCCUCAGUCAGACAAUAUUGUAACACUUAAAUGUGGGAUUUAUAUUUACGAAUCAGAUUCGUCUGAUAUCUACAGAUCGAAGCAUGCCAAAUGUGCGAAUAAAAUUUCAUAAGGGCUGUUCCAGAAAUGAUCAAAUGGGGGGGGUCGGGCGGCAAAUGAUAUUUUUUUGUGUGGGUGGUCGUAUUUUUUCAUAUUUUAAUUGGUCCGUGGUGGGAUUGUUAAUAAAAUAUUUAUUAUGGGUAGUGGGUAGUUUCUAUUGUUUUAUUUUGUGCUACGUGGGUGUUGAGUUUUCAGAAUAUUUUUAUUGUCGCUCUUGUCGUGUUGGUUACAAAACGUCGGAGGGAAAAUUGAAAACGUGCUUUCGAAAUGCUGCUUUCGAAAUCGAAAGUAACAUAGAACUAUUCGAGUUGUCGCUCUUUGCAGCGCAUAACUUUCCAUUACGGCACUCUUCAAAUUAGAGGCGCGUUUAAUAGGGUCCCUUUGGACGUGAUGGCGGCGAACUCUGUUCUGUAGAUUAUUACAGUUUACAGUGCAUCGAUUUUGGGAAUAUUUUGAAACCAAUAGGUAUUCCGUUUUCUAAUAAAAAUAGGCAAACCUUAGUUGAUUUAUACGAGGGUACCGAUGCGUUAUAUUUAUCAGUCGGUGUGAUGGUGAUAUAGAGGCCUCCGGGCGCGGGCUCCAUUAGAAGACGAACGAUUCGUGGAAAAACAUAUCCAUACCCAUUUCGUGAUAAUAGCAUCGUUUGGACUCCCAAUCUUUCCAACAUUCCCGCCAUAGAUGCCUUUGAUUGUUGAUGUGACAUCGUUUCUUCAGAACUACUGUGAUACAAUGUCGCACACGCAUUACCGCGUCAUUGACUAGAAUGUUUGUCCCGAAAACCUCGCGAGAUUUGUACCGUUUUCAUUUUUAAAAAUAUUUUUGUGGUGGGUCUGGUUAGUUUUUUUUUUUAUUAGAUGGGUCAUUGUAAAAUGAGUUUAUUAAUUUGAUGGGUCAUGGGGUAAUUUUUUAUUUUUUUUUAUGGGUGCUUGGUAUAUACAAAAGGUGCCUCCCG